AGAACACCCCUGCAUUUCGGUUGAUGAGGUUAAGCGUCGGUGUGGGCGAUGAGUCGGGUGGGCAAUGCCGGGCUGCCAUAACUCUAUUGGCACUGGCGCGGACCAAGAAGAUCAGGCUGGGCUGGCAUCCCCAUUCGACGAGGCAUCUGCUGUCAUGUGCGGGGAGACCGCUGCAGCUGAAGGGUAAACCUAGUUGCCCAUUGGGAAUUCGGCCCGCGCUGCAGCUUCAUCCUCGAUCCGAGACUUUCGCGCUGCGGCCCACCUGGUUACCCUGCAAGGUAUUCCGCUCGAUAUUGCAGCCUCCUGCAGCCACCAGCAUCGCGCGGUGGAGUGCGUCAGCUAAUGACCAGCUAGUGACCUGCUAGGAAGAGCCUGGCGAUGCAUCCGCGUACCCUUGGUCGUAGCUGUACAUCCAAUCCCGAACGUAUGGUCUCAGGUGUCAUUCGAAGCACGCUUCUGCUUCACCCUUCAGGACCCUGGGUGAAACUCAGGAAAUUACGC